CAAGUUAUCCUCUUCUGAUUUCCUCAACUUUGUCACUGAAAAGCAGAUCCGCAAGGAGCUCAACGAGUGGGAAAAGAUGCUGCGGGAUAUCCGUGCCGUGCUUGAUGAUGCCGAGGGGAAGCAGAUGAAGGAUCAGUAUGUGAAGAACUGGUUGGCCGAUCUUCAAGACUUGGCUUACGAUGUCGAUGACAUUUUGGACGAGUUUGCCACUGAAGCUUUGGGGCGCAAGUUGACAUCCUUGGAGGAACCUCAAGGCAUAAAAAAUAAGGUACAAAAGAUCAUUCAUGCUUGUUUCUCUUCAAAAACUUUCAUGUUUAAUAAGAAGAUGGUGUCCAAGAUUAAAGAGAUCAGUGCUAGAAUAAAUGAUUUGGCCACAAAAAGAACUCAAUUGGAAUUGCGAGGCAUUAAUGAGGGAUCAAGGUCCGAUAGAAUGAUACAAAGGCUUCAGCCUACUUCUUUGGUGGAUGAAACUCAGGUGUACGGUAGGCAAGAAGAAAAGGCAGCAUUACUUGAAUUGCUUUUGAGCAAUGAUGGCACUGACAAUGAAGCUUCUGUGAUUCCCAUCGUUGGCAUGGGAGGAAUUGGCAAGACAACUCUUGCGCAACUUCUCUAUAAUGAUACUUGUAUACAAAAUUCUUUUGAUGACAAGGCAUGGGUGUGCGUUUCUGAUGAUUUUAAUGCCAUUAAGAUAGCGAAGACAAUUUUACAGUCAAUCGCUCCUGAUUGUUGUACCAAUGUUAAUGAUCUCAAUUUGCUUCAAGUCAAGUUGAAGGAGAAGCUGGCUGGGAAAAAGUUUUUGCUUGUCUUGGAUAAUAUCUGGAAUGAGAGUUAUCUGGAGUUGACCAAUCUACUCUCUCCAUUUGGAGUUGGAACCAAAAUUCUCGUCACAACACGGAGUCACGAUGUUUCUUCUAUUAUGGGCACUGUUGAAGCUUACCCACUACAACAGUUAUCAGAGGAGGAUUGUCUAUCUGUAUUUUCUCAGCAUGCAUUAAGAGCAAAUGAUUUUAGUGGGCAUCCUGAAUUAAAAGAAGUUGGGGAAAUUAUAGUGAAAAAGUGCAACGGCUUACCUUUGGCAGCUAAAGCCAUCGGUGGUUUACUACGCACUAGACUGGACUAUGAGGCAUGGAAAGGUAUAUCAGAGAGCGAGAUAUGGGGCAUACCAGAAGAGAAAUGUAGCAUAAUUCCUGCUUUACGAUUGAGCUAUCAUCAUCUUCCUUCACAUUUGAAGCGAUGCUUCGCAUAUUGCUCUAUACUCCAUAAGGAUUAUGAAUUUGGGGAGGAGGAGAUAAUCUUGUUAUGGAAAGCAGAAGGUUUUCUACAACCAGCAAGCCUUGGAACUCAACUCGAAGUUCUAGGUAGUCAAUAUUUUCGAGAUCUAGUAUCAAGGUCAUUUUUUCAAACAUCUACUAGGAACAAGUCUCGAUUUGUAAUGCAUGAUCUUGUCAAUGAUCUGGCUCAAUCGGUUGCAGGGGAAAUAUGCUCCAAAUUGGAGAAUGAUAAACAGUUGAGAUUUUCGGAAGGUACUCGACAUUCAUCUUAUGUUCGUGGUUGGUUUGAUGGAAUGAAAAAGUUUGAAGCCUUCAAUCAAACAAAGCAUUUACGAACCUUUCUACAGUUUCCUGGAUCGUCAUGGGCACCUGAAGGUGAUUGUUAUUUAAGUAACAAUGUCCUCUUUGAUUUGCUGCCCAAACUUCGGUGCUUAAGAGUUCUUUCUUUGAAAGGGUAUCGCAUCAUUGAGUUACCAAACUUUUUUCAAAACUUAAUACAUUUGCGCUACUUGGACUUUUCUCAUACUACAAUUGAAAGUUUGCCUGAUUCAAUUUGCGCCCUUUAUAAUUUAGAAACUUUACUAUUAUAUGGGUGUAGAUCUCUUCAAAAUCUACCCUCAAAUUUACAAAUUCUAGUCAAUUUGCGUGUUCUCGACAUCACUUAUACACCUUCAAUGAAAGGGAUACCGGUUGGAAUUGGUAACUUAACCAAUCUUCGAAAACUAUCUGAUUUUGUUUUGGGCAAAGGUGAUGGACAUCAUAUACAAGAGAUGAAGAAUUUGUUAAAUCUGAAGGGUAAGCUUUGUAUCUCAGGGUUAGAGAACAUUGUUAAUGCUCAAGAUGCAUGGGAGGCUAAGUUAAUAUAUAAGUCUGGCCUUGGCACAUUAGAACUAAAGUGGAGUAGAGAAUUUGAUAAUAAUAGAAAUAAAGAAAUUGAAGAAGAGGUCUUGAAUUUGCUUGAACCUCAUAAAAAGCUUGAAGAGCUCUUCAUUCAGGAUUAUGGUGGUACAAAAUUUCCGAUUUGGAUGAAUUCUUCAUUACAAAAUUUGUCGUCUUUGGUUCUCAAGGGCUGUAAAAAUUGCGUAUCACUACCAUCAAUUGGAAAAUUACCAUUGUUGAAGAAUCUUUCUAUUGCUGGAAUGGAUGAGUUAAAAAAGGUUGGCAUUGAGUUCUAUGGGGAGAAUCACUCAAAUGUAUUUGCUUUGUUACAGAGUUUGAGCUUUGAGAAUAUGCCACGAUGGAAGGAAUGGGACUUAGUUGAUGAGCAAGUUGAGAAAUUCCCUAGCCUCAUCGAGCUUUCCAUCAAAAACUGCCCUCAAUUGUUGGGAAGGUUGCCUAACCAUCUUCGUUCCUUGGAGAAGCUUGAAAUUCGUGACUGUGCACAAAUGGUGGUUUCACUUUCAGACCUUCCAAAGCUGUCUGAAUUAAUAAUACAUGCAUGUGCAGAGUUGGUGCUCAGAGAUGAUGCAGACUUUCUCUCAAUAAAAGGAGUCAAUCUUUCAAGUGUUGUAAAGUUUUCUACUGCAACAGAAAGGCUGGUAUCAACAUCAACAACAUUGGAGCAUUGUAAGAUUGACAGUUGUGAGGGAUUGACAUAUUUAUUGCUAAAGAAGUUGGGACUGUUGGGCUCUGUCCGUAAAUUGGAAAUUUAUAAAUGUCCACAACUUGUGUUGUUAGAGCCAGAUGAGGUAGAGGAGGCAGAAGAGGAGCUGUUUCAAGUUGGGAAUCUUUGGAAUAUUGAAUCUUUGGAAAUAAUGCAAAUUGGUCUCCAUAUGGAAUCUUUGAGAAUAAGAAAGCAUUUUCUCCCAUUUCUUACAGAGAUGAGUAUUCAAAACUGCCCAAACAUAGUUUGUUUUGCAAAGAACAACUUACCCCCGCUUUUGAAGAAGUUAGUGAUGGUAAAUUGCGACAAUUUGCGAUGUUUGGUGGAUGAAGGAGAAAAUAUAAGCAUCACUAACAUAUCUCCUCUUGAGUUUUUGUAUAUUCGUGAAUGUCCAUCUCUAAUAUCAUUAUCAUUACCCGUUAGGCUUCGACAUCUUGAACUUUCGAGUUGCUCAAAGCUAGCUUCCUUAUCAGAAAGUGGCAAGUUACCCAUAGGGCUUAAAUAUCUUAACCUUUUUGUCUGCCCAGAGCUCGAAUCCAUUGCAGAAGCAAUUGACGAAAACGCUUGUCUUGAAUUUUUUUAUAUCUGGGGGUGUGGUAUUAAAUCUUUACCGCAAGGAUUCGACAAGCUCAACCAUCUUCAGAGUAUUCAAAUAACUCGAUGUUCAAAUCUAGUCUCGUUGGAAGGGUUUUUGCCCACCACCAAUUUGACUAACCUUUGGAUCUCUAACUGUAAAAAUUUGCGAGCCCUGCCGAAUUGCAUGCACAACCUCACUUCUCUUCGACAAUUGCAGGUUGAGAAUGAUUCAGGUGAUCAGAUAUCCAUUCCAGAAGAGGGUAUCUCUACCAACCUAACAUCACUUUCCAUCUCAAUGCCCAGAAAUUAUGAGUCUCGACUUGAAUGGGGAUUGCAUAGACUCACCUCUCUUAAAACACUUACCAUUACUGGUAGAGGAUGUCCGAAUAUGGUGGCGUUUCCACCAGAGCAGAUAGGAAUGAUGCUACCUUCCUCUCUCACCGAUUUGAGCAUUGUAAAUUUCGAAAAUUUGAAAUGCCUAUCCUCCAAAGGCUUUCAAAACCUCAGCUCUCUUCAUCAUUUGCGCAUCAUCUGUUUCCCUAAGCUCACAUCUCUUCCUGAAAAAGACAGGCUUCACUCGCUUUUGAUGUUAUUAAUUAUUGAUUGUCCAUUGCUAGAGGAAGAAUGCGAAAGGAACAAAGGACGAGAGUGGUCCAAGAUAGCCUACGUACCUUGUGUUGAAAGUCAUUAUCUCUGAUUCUUUGAUUGAGUUUGACACCCAAAGGAGUUGAAUUGAAAGUUGACUGUGAAAAUCACAGGCAAUUCAAAAGCUUUAGAAGGAAACUUGGUGGGAGACUGGGCUUCUCACUUUUUCAUCUAAAUGGCAGAAUCAGUGUGUAAUUAAUUGUUGACCUAUGAAAAUGCUGUAGAGGCUGAUGAAUGGAGUGGCAGAAACCUGAACAAGAAUCUGAAUAAGGGAAGAAUGAAUUCUGGCCUUCAAAGGUGGUGGAUAUCAGAUAUGAGAGAUGAAGAAUUUGUGGAAUCUUAAGGGUGAGAUUUCUAUUUCAGGCUCGGAGAUUGUUGUUAAAGCUCAAGAUGCAUGGGAAGCUAAGUUGAUUGAUGCCCAGGCCUCAAUGAGUUGGAAGUGGAUUGCAACUUUUGAUAACAAUGCAAGAAAUAAAGAAGUUGAAGAAGUGGUGUUGAACUCGUUGAAUUAUGGCUGUCUUUGCUGCAUUGCUGCCACAGGGGAUUAGUUUCUACACAUUUGGAAACCAGCUUGGUUGGAGUCAGGCCACAUUGGAGGCUUGAAAGCUACAAAGUGCAGUUCGUAUAUAUAGCUCUAUUCAAAGAUCAGGUCUAAACACCUCUUGGUGUGAAUUUGUUGAUUCAUCAUUUUGGCUUACGAAACUGAUUAAAAAGUUCAAGGAUGAAAGACGAGUGUGUCCCCACCAAUUGAAUGUUACUUCGAAUCUCUGCUGCUAAAAUCUGUAUACCAUUAUUACAUUGGGGAGAGCACAUACGAAUCUGUCGUGGACAACUUCCCAUUGGUGGUGCUAACGAUGCAGCCGGCCACCUUUCAAACUUUCCUUGUCACCAAGAAGUUCCUAAAUUUGGAAUACCAGCACUGCAAGGGUUUUCAGAGCAUCUCCUUCCUCAAAGAAGUCUGAACAUGAUUAGGAAACAGCAAGGAUGAAUUCAGCCUCCAGUUCUAAUCUAUUGGCCAUAAAAUCAAUGCAAUGCAGAGGUGAGCUUUUAUAUAUUGGACUAUAUUAAGAUUAUAUGCCUCACCAAUAGAAACAAUCCCUUCUUCUAAAUGAUAUAUGCAUGCAUAGUUCUAUUAUUGUAUUGAAUUUCCUCUAGCAGUCACAUAAUAUUGUUUCCACACCACUGGAUAUUACUUAUUAGCCACAGAAGGGAAAAACGGCAAGAAUCAGAGAAACUACCAUACUUGUAGAUAUAUGUCUAGUGUGUACAUGCAGAAAUCUGAGCAUCCAUAGGAAGCAACAACAAUGAAAUUUAACCUCCAGUUGUAAUCUAUUGACUGUAUAAUCAAUUCAAAGCAGAGUGAGUCUUCAAUCCCUCCAAAUGACCCAAAAAGUAUCACUAGAGGCAAAAAGUGUCACUAGCGGCAGCACCAAUGCUAACAUACAUCAUUGCAACAUGUCAUCACCUAAAGAGCAAUCAAUGUCAUUGACAGUCAAGAUUUUCUUUUCUAACACUAUGAAUCAGUUGGAAGGUUCUUGUCUGUGUCAUCCCUGUGCCAAAAAGGAGCGUUACAAUGGUAGACGGGAGUUUUGAUGCAAGAUGUUCUAAAAAUGUUUUACCUCUGUUGGUGCCUCAUCCUUAGUCCCACGCUACUCGUUAUCCAUCACUUUAUGAAGCAAUCGAUGGGUUGUGCAACAGCUACUGAGCCAAGAUUAAAGCAGAAUGGAUUGUUGUGACAAAUUAUUGAUCUGGCACUACCAUGGAGUUUUCUACAGCACUAAUUCAUGGGAAAUAAAAAGCUGAUGAAGUCUUUAGGCCACUUCUCCUGAGAAAGGGAAAUGAGUGCCAAUAGUAAAAUCACCACAUAUUUGCAGAACCUGAGGUCUCCCAAUUGGGAAGUGAUGGCAGGUUCAGAUACUCAGGCAUGCCUCUUUCACCUAAGCACUGCUUGGGACCCUUGUGUCAAGAGGUUGAGGAGGAUUGCAAUUAUGUUCUAUAUUUAUGUCAAUUUUCUUGCAGUCCUGGUGCAAGUUACUUUCUCCGAUGAUGCUAUUUUGGUCUCAUCCCCUUUGCAUCAGAUUCCUGUUGCAAUGCGUUUGAGCCUUUUCUGGAUUACUCUGGUGGUUUACUUCCUAUUCUGCUGCUUCUCCAUGGCUAGUAAGAUAUGAGGCUGGCUUUAAUGAGAAACGGAGGUGGGUGGACGAGAUUAUUUUUCGUUGUAAGCUUUGUUCUCUGCAUUGGCGUAGACCUUUGGCUGAUGGCAUCUUGUUCUCGGACUAGGAUUCUGUGGCUUGCUCCCCUUCCUUCCAGUAACAUCUCCGUGGACCUGCUGGCUGCGGUUGAGUGUUAAGAGAUUCCUCUGGCUCUAUUCUAGCUUUGUUUUCUGGCCAAAUUGGUGUGCUAGACCAAUGUUGUUGAAAUAUAAUACUAUAUUUGCUUUGGAAAUUUUCUCUAGGACAUAUUGGAAAGAGAAAAAGGUGCUGGUGGUUGAAUGAGAUUCGACGGUAGUUGUGCCUUGGGUGAAAAAGUUUGAGGAUUGCCCAUGGAGUGUGUGUGUUACCUUCAAUUAGAUUGAUCCACUUAUUGCUGACAUUGGUGAAGUCUCCUUUGGUAAUAUCUGUUGGGAAGUUAACGGCCUUGCUGACUCUUUAGUGUGUAGAACUGGCAUGUUCAUGGCUUGGUGGUUCAGCAGGCUAUUAGUUUAUCUCCACCCUUUGGGCGCCAUUCUACCAGGCCUGUUAUUAGAGGUUUUAUGCUGUGUAUAUUUUUACGCUUUUGGGUGGUAGUGUAGUCACAGGGAGAUUGCUUGUUAUCUGUACAUGAACCCAAUAUAUAAGAACCAACUCAAGCCGCCACAAGAAUACUCAAGCAGUACAUCACAAGAGUCCAUAACUUUACCAGUAAGUUUUUAUAUUUUA